ACCAGGCUGAAAGUUGUGGUAGCAUCACGUGAUAUUGUAUUUUCUAGCUCGAACCGAGACUUGCAGCUUUUUGACGACGAAUUCAACACAUCUUAGUUCUCCACUCCCUAAUCAUAUCAACACCUUCACAAUGGCAGCCGGACGCAGCGCAGCCCUCAAACUCGACUGGGCCAAAGUUUCCCAAUCCCUCGGACUCAAGGGAGCCACCGCGACCUCCCUCCAAGCCUUCAAGAAGCGCAACGAAGAUGCCCGUCGCCGCGUUCAAGCUCUCUCUGAGCAACCUACCAAAGUAGAUUUCGCACACUACAAGUCGAUCCUCAAGAACACCGCCAUUGUCGACGAAAUUGAGAAGCACUUCUCUACAUUCAAGCCAGCCACAUAUGAUGUAGCCAGACAAAUCAAGGCAAUCGAGACUUUCGAAGCCCAAGCUAUCAAGAAUGCAGAGGAGACCAAGGGCAGAGUUGACUUGGAGUUGAAGGAUUUGGAGAAGACAUUGAAGAACAUCGAGGAGGCUAGACCAUUUGAGGAUUUGACUGUGGAUGAAGUUGCUGCUGCUCGCCCAGACAUCGAUGAGAAGACUGCUCAACUCGUUUCCAAGGGUCGCUGGGGUGUUCCAGGUUACAAGGAGAAAUUCGGCGAUCUUUCUAUGCUUUAGAUGGAAUAAAUUCGACUUUCCCUUUUCUUUGUUACCCGCACUAUUGUAGAUAGGGACCGGUGAUUGAAGAAGCAAGAUCAUGGUGGUUAAUCGUUUAAGUGCCAAGUUGGCCAAUCAUGAAACUGUUUCCUCAAUCUCUUGAAGAUCUGAUGAAUUUCAUUGUUUUGAUUGAAUGUUGUUACAAAAAGUCGUCAAAGUAAACCUGUAAGGUGUUGGAACUGCAUGUAUAUCAUGUUCAUCACUCCUGGAGUCAUGAGAAAUGAAAAUUGGAAAAGCAAAGUAUCAGUGUCAUUCAAUGUACGAGCGUUUCAUAACCGAGUUAAAUUAUCCACGAAUAUUGAGAUACCCUAUUCAAACCUUCUCCUCAC